CGGUGCCGCUGCCCGGCGCCUCGGCCUGCGCACACCAUGCAGCGCGGGCGGCGGCGGGAGCAGGGCGGCGGCGGGCAGCCGGUGCUGAGCCGCUUCUUCGGCGCGGCGGGGAGUGGUGCCGCCCGGCACACGGCUUCUGAAAUUGGUACAAAAAGGAGAACAUCAGCUGAAAACAAUGAACCAUGUGAGAAGAAGACCAAGUCAGUACAAAGUACUAUCGAUGACAUCUAUAAACCAGUGAAGACUCAGGAUAAAAAAGAACCUCAGACGUGUGAAAAGCCCCGCAUAUGUUUACAAACUCUAGACAGACUGAGAGAAUUCUACAGUGAUUCAGACCAGCCAUGUAACAGAGUCCAGGAGGACAGUUUUCAGGAGAAACAAUCAAUGAUUUUGGAGAAGUGUCCCAAUAUUACUGGGAGAAGUCCGGAACUGAAUAACCCUCUUCAGUGUGGGGACACUAGCCCAAAGGUUGCUCAGAAGGAGGAGCCACACUGUGAUCUUAGUCAGUUUUCUGCAUCUUUUAGAAGCUAUGAAAAUACUUCAGACUUAAAUCUCAAUAAGAGAACCAAAACCAUUUACACUCCACUGGAACUUCAAUUCAUAGAAAUGAAGAAACGGUAUAAAGAUGCUGUUUUGUGUGUGGAGUGUGGAUACAAAUAUCGCUUCUUUGGAGAAGAUGCAGAGAUUGCAGCUAAAGAGCUAAACAUUUACUGUCAUCAGGAUCAUAACUUUAUGACAGCCAGUAUACCAACUCACAGACUGUUUGUCCAUGUGCGACGACUUGUAGCAAAAGGACAUAAGGUUGGAGUAAUUAAACAGAUGGAAACUGCAGCACUGAAGGCUGCUGGAGAAAAUAAAAGCUCUCUCUUCAGCCGGAAACUGACUGCUCUCUAUACAAAGUCUACGCUUAUUGGAGAAGAUGUGAACCCUUUGCUGAAGGUAGAUGAUUCUGUAGAUUUUGAAGAGGUAGCAACAGAUGUCCCUGAUAACUACCUCCUCUGUAUUUGUGAAAAUGGAGAAAAUGUAAAAAACAGAAAGAAAGGUGACAUUGCUGUAGGUGUUAUGGCAAUCCAACCAACUACGGGAGAAGUUGUUUUUGACAGUUUUUGGGAUUGUGCAUCUCGCUUAGAAUUAGAGAGUCGGCUUUUACGCCUGCAGCCAGUUGAACUAAUACUUCCAUCCAGCUUGUCAGAUCAAUCUGAAAAGCUCAUCAACAGUGUAACCUCCAUGAGGUUACGAGAUGACAGAAUUAGGAUAGAAAGGAUGGAAAACCACCAUUUUGAAUACAGUCACGCUUUCCAACUGGUUACUGAUUUUUAUGCAAAAGAAGUGCCUGAUAUUACAGGUUCUCAAAAACUAUCUGUAAUUCUAAGCUUGGAUAAGUCUGUUAUUUGUGCUCUGGCAGCAGUAAUUGCAUACCUCAAAGAAUUUAAUUUGGAAAAGAUGCUUUACAAUCCAAGCAAUUUCAAACAGUUGUCAAGUGAAACUGAAUACAUGACAAUUAAUGGAACAACAAUGAAAAAUCUUGAAAUUUUACAGAAUCAGACUGAUUUGAAAACAAAAGGAAGCCUGCUCUGGGUCUUGGAUCAUACUAAAACUUCCUUUGGUCGUCGGAGACUGAAGAAAUGGGUAAUUCAACCACUCAUGAAAUCCAGUGAAAUAAAUGCCCGGCUUGAUGCUGUGUCUGAAAUUCUCCUGUCAGAAUCCAGCGUGUUUGGCCAGAUUCAGAAUCUUCUUUGUAAGCUGCCAGAUUUAGAGAGAGGCCUCUGCAGUGUUUUUCACAAAAAGUGUUCAACCCAAGAAUUCUUCUUGAUAGUCAGCACUCUGUCCCGUCUGGACCUGGAAAUUCAAGCUCUUGUUCCAGUCAUACACUCUCAUGUGAAAUCUCCUCUCUUACAAAAUGCACUGUUGGAAAUUCCAGAACUUCUCUCCCCAGUAAAACAUUAUUUAAAGAUUCUUAAUGAAGAAGCAGCUAAGACUGGAGAUAAAACCCAACUAUUCAAAGACCUUACAGAUUUCCCUGUCAUCAGAAAGAAAAAGGAAGAGAUCUUGGAUGUGCUGUCUAAAAUCCAAUUACAUCUUCUGGAAAUACGUAAACAAAUCAAGAAUCCUUCUGCAGAGUAUGUUACAGUUUCUGGUCAAGAGUUUUUGGUAGAAGUCAAAAAUUCCCAUAUAUCAUCUGUGCCGUCUAGCUGGGUUAUGGUUAGUAGCACAAAAGCUGUCAGCCGAUUCCACUCUCCUUUUAUUAUAGAAAAUUACAGACAUCUCAAUCAGCUUCGGGAGCAGCUAGUCCUUGACUGCGGUGCUGAAUGGCUACGUUUUCUAGACCAUUUUAGUGAACAUUAUCACCCUGUAUCUAAAGCGAUUGGUCACCUAGCAACUAUCGACUGUCUGUUCUCACUGGCACAGGUGGCUAAACAAGGAGACUACUGCAGACCAGUGGUAAAAGAUAAUGAGCAAGAAAUAAUUAUAAAAAAUGGCAGGCACCCUGUGAUUGAUGUACUACUGGGAGAACAGGAUCAGUAUGUUCCAAACACCACUAACCUAUCAAGAGAUGGUGAAAGGGUCAUGAUAAUAACUGGACCCAACAUGGGAGGAAAGAGCUCCUAUAUUAAGCAAGUUGCCUUGAUCACAGUCAUGGCACAGAUUGGUUCCUACGUUCCUGCAGAGGAGUCAACAAUUGGUGUUGUGGAUGGUAUCUUUACCAGAAUGGGUGCUGCAGAUAACAUUUACAAAGGCCGAAGUACCUUUAUGGAGGAACUCACAGAUACUGCUGAGAUAAUAAGAAAAGCAACUUCAAGAUCACUAGUAAUUUUGGAUGAACUGGGAAGAGGAACUAGCACACAUGAUGGAAUUGCUAUUGCUUAUGCUACACUUGAACAUUUUAUUACAGAUGUGGAGUCGCUAACAUUGUUUGUCACGCACUAUCCUUCAGUUUGUGAGCUAGAAAAAGUGUAUCCAGAAAAAGUUGGUAAUUACCAUAUGGCUUUCUUGGUGAAUGAGGAAGAAAGUGCUGAACAGAAAGGAUCUGAAGAGGAAGAGAAUCCUGAAUUUAUCACUUUUCUUUAUCAAAUAACUAAAGGAGUCACUGCAAGAAGCUAUGGGCUAAAUGUUGCCAAACUGGCAGAUAUUCCCAAAGAAAUCUUGAAGAAGGCAGCUCACAAAUCAAAGGAGUUAGAGAGACUGGUGAAUAUGAAAAGGAAAAAGCUGAAGUCUUUUGCUGAAGUAUGGAAAAUAAAUGAUUCUCAGGAACUACAGAAAUGGAAAACCAUGUGUGAACCUGGAGAUGAAAGAAAGGACAGUUUUCAAUCAUCAAAUCAUGCUUAAAGAUGGAAAAUAUUGCAGAUAGAAAAUAUAAGUCUGGAGAGUAAUAGAUUCUAUCAGCGUAUGCAUAGUUGUAGAUACAUUAAGUUGGCUUCUCUGCUUUUCCAGAGAUAAGAGAUGCUGUGCUGUGAUACGGUGCCCUAUAUCCACAUACCCACUACCUGAUUGUAAUUUUCUUACUCCAUAUUCCUUCCCUGGAGUGUUUUCCUUAACUGCAAAAUGUCUACUGGUACUGGAUUAAGUUUAUAAUAGGUAUAGAAAACAUGGAAAAUUAUGUUGGUAAAUUAUUAGAUACAUGUUUUAUAAAUAAAAUAAUGUAUUUUAACUUUAUGUACUUCAAUUUCUAUUGAAAUAAUUCUCUGCAUUGCGAAAAUGUAACUGAAUCCUGACUGUGCUGUACUGACGUGCAAAUGGGAAGAACAAAUAACAUAAAUUGAUUUUUUUCUCACUUUAAUGCAUUUUAAAUUGAUUAUGUAAUGCACCCCUUACAUUUGAUGUACACAAUGAAUUUAAGAAUGUGUGCAUUAAACAUCUGGAUGGGAGAGUCUCACUUCUACUGACGACGUUAGUGAUGAUGCAAUGAGUAACUUUGAAAGCAGCAACACAAAACAUGCACUGACUGCAUUUCUGCUUUCCUCUCCUUCAUUCUCAUACCUUCCCACUUCCUUUUUACUCUGAAUAUGGUAACAAGAGCUGAAGUGGGUGACUCAAACUAUGCAACUGAAAUCCCCAGCAUAAAGCUGGAAAAAAUAGAAAUAUUUUUAAUUUUUUUAUUUGCUGUUUUCAAGUUUCAAGGAGAUUUCACAUAGGAAUUUGGUUUCCAAAUUACUAGUUUUUUUUUAAUAAAUCCAACCCAGUGGAGCAUCUUCUUAUGAAAAUUAAUAGUGGCAUUAACCUACUUAAUUCUUAGCAAAUAGCUUGUUAUAUUAAAAAAAGUAUUUUAUUAAAGGAAUUUCAGUAAAAUACCUUGGUUUUUCUAUAUAGAAGAUAAUAAAAUGGGGUUUGUCAUCUUUGA